GACCAAGCAAAAAGCCAAAAUACGAUAUCGUUUUGGAUUUGGUUCAUCACCCAUUAAAAAACCCGGUUCAGUAACCGGCAAUAACCGGUCACUACUUGGACCACUUGUUGAAAUUACUGCAAAAACCGGUUCUAACCUCCAACCAUUCAAUGAAUAUCUUUCCUUGCUCUGAGAAUCUCCAUAAUUUAGAGAGAGAAAAUCCGUUUGAUGAUUGAUGUAGAUGUUACGGAAGCUGUUUGAUGUUGAAUUUGCUCAUUUGAUGCAAGUUCGUCGGUGAUUUGUGCUGAAAUUGUAUUGAUCUGGCGUGAUUUCGGUCGAAUUCUAAGGUUCUAGUGAGAGAAACGGUUUGAUUGUUGGUUUAGAUGUUUCGGAAGCUUCGCGGUGUUGAAUUUGUUCAGUUAUUGCAAGUUUGAAGGUGUGUUGUGCUGAAAUUGUGUUGAUCUGGUGUGAUUUCGGUCGAAUUCUGGGGUUUUAGUGAGAGAAACUGUUUGAUUGUUGGUUUACAUGUUUCGGAAGCUGCUCGGUGUUGAAUUUGUUCGGUUAUUGCAAGUUUGAAGGUGUUUUGUACUGAAAUUGUGUUGAUCUGGUAUGAUUUCGGUCAAAUUCUAGGGUUUUAGUGAGAGAAUCGUGUUGAUUGUUGUUUAGACGUUUCGGAAGCUGCUCGGUGUUGAAUUUGUUCAGUUAUUGUACGUUUGAAGGUAUUUUGAACAAAAAUUGAGUGAUCUGUGGUGAUUAUAGGUAGAAUGUUAGGGUUUUGUUGAGAGAUCUGUGUUGAGAGUCGUUUAUCGUUGUGAAAUGACGUCAUCAGAGGUUAAUAACAUGAGAGGAGACAGAGACGCGUUUUCUCUCUCUGGUUUUAGCGACAAAAACGACGCCGUAGGUGAUUCGAGAACUGUUCCGGUGGCUGCCGGUGCCGGAAAAGCUGAUGCGGAUGAGGCUAUUUACAAAGAGUUAUGGCGAGCUUGUGCUGGUCCGCUCGUUACCGUGCCUCAAGAACAGGAGCUCGUGUUCUACUUUCCUCAAGGACACAUAGAACAGGUUGAGGCUUCAACUAAUCAGGUAGCGGAACAACAGAUGCCGAUGUAUAACCUUCCGUCGAAGAUCCUCUGCCGUGUUAUGAACGUGCAUUUAAGGGCUGAAUUAGAGUCGGAUGAGGUGUUCGCUCAAAUAACUUUGAUGCCUGAAGCUAAUCAAGAUGAAAAUGCUGUUGAGAAGAAAACAACACCACCUGCCCAGACUAGGUUUCAUGUGCACUCGUUUUGCAAGACUUUGACUGCUUCUGAUACAAGUACUCAUGGUGGUUUUUCUGUUUUGAGACGCCAUGCUGAUGAAUGUCUUCCACCAUUGGACAUGUCAAGGCAGCCUCCAACACAGGAGCUGGAAGCCAAGGAUUUGCAUGGAAACGAAUGGCGUUUCAGGCACAUAUUUCGAGGUCAACCAAGAAGGCAUCUGCUUCAAAGUGGAUGGAGCGUCUUUGUUAGUUCUAAAAGGCUCGUUGCAGGUGACGCCUUUAUAUUCUUAAGAGGUGAAAAUGGAGAUCUUCGUGUGGGAGUAAGACGUGCAAUGAGACAACAGGCAAACGUGCCAUCAUCUGUCAUAUCCAGUCAUAGCAUGCAUCUUGGUGUUCUUGCCACAGCAUGGCAUGCCGUCCAAACAGGAACAAUAUUUACAGUCUAUUACAAGCCUCGGACAAGCCCUGCAGAGUUCAUUAUUCCAUAUGAUCGGUACAUGGAGUCUAUGAAAAACAACUACUCCAUAGGUAUGAGAUUCAAAAUGAAGUUUGAAGGUGAAGAAGCUCCAGAACAAAGAUUUACUGGAACCGUUGUUGGGAUUGAAGAGUCUGAUCCAAAGACUUGGCCUGAUUCUAAGUGGGGAUGCUUGAAGGUAAGAUGGGAUGAAACAUCGACUAUUCCUCGUCCAGAGAGAGUGUCACCAUGGCAAAUAGAGCCCGCACACUGCCCACCUGCAAUAAAUCCGCUUCCGGUACAUAAACAAAAACGGCCUCGACCAACAAGCAUGUUGCCUUCAUCUCCUGAUUCUUCGGUUCUUACAAGAGAAGGUUCGUCAAGGGCGUUUGUGGCAGACCCUUCACCUGCAAGUGCAUUUUCAAGGGUUUUGCAAGGACAAGAAUCGCCAGCAUCAAGAGUCCUUUUUGCAGAGAGUAACGAAUCAGAUUCAUGUGGUAGGCCCAUUCAAUGGCCAUCUUCACUAAUAAUAGAUGAAAACGACAAAACCAGCCCUGUAUCUGUCUCUGUCUCACAACGUUACACAGGAAUGGAUAAGGUGUCCUUCGGAAGGCCCAAUGAAACCUAUUUCACAGAUCUACUAUCGGGCUUUGGAUCCUCACCUGGUCAAAGUCAAACCGAAGGAAAAUUCAACCUACAGUCAAACCCAAACCCGUGGUCAACCCCGCCUUCCAAUCUCUCUCUCAACUUAAUGGGCUCCACCAUGAAAGGUGCUUUUGGCGAGUACUCUGUUCAUAGUAAUCCACGGGGUAACGAGCAGCCACUUGGAAAGUGGCUAAUGCCGCCGCCACAUACUUCAUAUCUACAAAUUGCGAAAUCGCCACUGGCUCAGCAAAAUGAGGUUAGGAAACCGGAAGAUGGAAACUGUAAGAUAUUUGGUGUACCCUUUGGUAAUAAGGUUGCUUCAGAGACACAGCAAGCGGCAAAAUUACAACAAUACCCCUCGUUUGAAUCUGGGCAGCUAUCUGAACAGUCCUCAGGUCUGAAAGUUAUUGGUAAUACACCAGGUGGUAAAGAGAUGGAUAAACAAUACCAAAAUUCUCAGUCACAACCAAAAGUCAACCUUGGUGUUUCACCUAGGAGUUGUACAAAGGUUCAUAAGCAGGGGAUUGCCCUUGGUAGGUCUCUGGAUCUUACUAAGUUCAACAACUACGAAGAACUGAUUGCUGAAUUAGAUGAGUUAUUUGAGUUCAAUGGUGAACUAAAAACCUGCAACAAGACUUGGCUGGUUGUGUACACAGACGACGAGGGUGACAUGAUGCUUGUUGGAGAUGAUCCAUGGCAGGAAUUUUGUGGAAUGGUGCGUAAGAUUUUUAUAUACACAAGAGAGGAGGUUCAGAGGAUGAAUCUCGGGACUUUAAACUCGAGGGGCGAGGACGACUCAUCGAUUGCAGAAGCCGUAGAUGGUAGGGACACUAGGGCUGUUCCAUCAUCUUCUAGUCCUGAACACGCAUAGGUUUUUAAUAACUAUAUCUAGGUAUAUGUUUGUAGGGGGAGGUAUGGUUGGUAUACAUAGGUUAUGGCAGUUAAGUAGAGUUUAAAUAAUUAUUUAAAGUCGCGUCAAGAUGCCAUCCGAGUUCCCGAUGAGCAAAAUCUUCUCUCAAUGGAGGCAAGUCUUUGAUGAUAUCAUAUUUUGAGUUUUGGGCACUUAUAUUGGUUCAUCACUCCUUAACAUUAUUAUUGCUAUAUCUAUAUAUAUAAGUAUGGUUGUAUAUAGGUGAUAUUGGGAGCAUGCCAUAUGUACAAAGGUGUUUUGCUAGGUAACUUUUUGAAUGUAAGGAGAAAGUUAUUGACUCUUAAUGGAGAAUUUAAUGUAGUUUUGUAGCCUAAAUUAUCGUUUUUUCUUGUUUG